AUGGCUGGAAGUGAAGGCGCACGUGAAGUUGGACGCGAGGGUCAGGAACGCAGUGAGGCGUCACGCUCGUCGCGUCGAGUGAAGGGGUUGCCGCCUGAAGAGCAGGAGUCUCUAGAAAAAGUGGAGAAGACGGCUCGGCAGUCGCGCGCUGGGAAGCGCAAGGCAGCCCGAGAGGCAAAGUCGGCAGCGGGAUCUGAGACGACUACUGAAGCUGGAAGUUCGGAGGCGUACCAAGUGAAUCCGGAUGAAGCUUCAGACAAGCUUUCGGGAAACCCAGCCGACUUAGAGUCGACCGACUCGGUUCGAGAUACGGUUGGCGAGGACGAGUCCAACCAGGACGAGUCCAAAGAGGCGUCUGCGGGAGGCGCCGACAAGGUUGAGCCCCCGGCUGAGGGUCAAGUUUCGGAUUCUCCUCAGCCGGAAGAAGAAGUCGAGGUUCUGGAUUCUGGAGCGCCGACGAUCAGGGAGGAAGACUGUUCGAGAAGAUGA